AAACAUGCGACUCCUCACGUGAGCAUUGCGCCCCUGUCUCUGUAGCUGAUUCUGGUUAGAAUAUAUUUGUUCCCUAAGCAUUUGAGAGCCAUCUUGUCGAGUCUCUAUAAACGAUGAAUAUUUCUCCAGAGUUUCUUGAGUCGGAUUUGCCCUCGAGCAUCCAAAGAGUAUUGUUGGUGUUGCUUGCGCUUUUUGUUCCGCCUUUACCUAUUUAUCUUUUGAGCGGGCCGAACUACUCUUUAAACACUAAAGAAUUUAUCAUUUGCUGUCUCCUCACCAUUUUUUUCUUUGUAAUUGGAGUGUUCUACUCGGUGAUAUUUGUGCUUCUGAUAUUUCCAACAGCCCGGGUCGAGGCUGGCCGUGAUGGGUAUUUGAGAGUAGGGGACAUAGAAACACAGGCAGACAAUCGCCUUGACACAAGCCACCAAAGCGGCGACAUCCAGCAGCCAGGAGCCGAAGAUACUACUUCAUCCGAGGAGAAUGAUCCAGCCGAGGCCCAUUUCUCAGAUCGCGGAAAAGAUGUCAUUGCUAGAGAAGAGGAGGGCGAGCCUCUUCCUCCAUCGUAUGAUGAAAUUGAGGGGAAUUCGAGGGGUGAUACCCAUGAUGAGAUGACGAAGUUUGGUGAUAAUAAAGUACAGCGCUAGAGCUUCGAGAGAACGCUUCUCAACGUUGACGUGCUUCGCAGUCAGUACUUCUCAUGAAGCAAUGAUAUGGUAAUUUAUGGGUUUAAUUCAAUAAACCACUUAGAUAACUUUCUUCUCAAAGUAUGGCCUUUUGCUAAUUUGCGUUUGGCAUCUGACGGGACUGAAAUUAUUUGGCACCACUC